UCCUCCUUUGAUUUUUAGGAUUUCCAGUUUGUCUUCAAUUGGGGAUUUUUAAUUUGUUCUUUUUCUAAUUUUUUUAGUUGCAUGCCCAGUUCAUUGAUCUGCUUUUUUCUCUAUUUUAUUGCUAUAAGCAUUCAAGGAUAUAAAUUUUCCCAAGCUCUACUUUGACUGUAUUUCAUAAAUUUUGAUAUGUUGUCUUAUCAUUGUCAUUGUCUUUAAUGAAAUCAGUUUUUAUGAUUUUGUUUUUUGACUCACCCAUUUUGAAGAAUUAGAUUGUUUGGUUUCUAAUUAAUUUUUAAUUUGCCUUUCUGUGAACUUUUAUUGAGUAAAUUUGUAUUGCAUUAUAUCUGAAAAGGUUGUAUUUAUUAUUUCUGCUUUUCUGUUUUUGAUUGUGAAGUUUUUAUGUCCUAGCACAUAGUAAUUUUUUCUUUAUGUACCAUAUGCUGCUGAAAAUAAGGUAUAUUUCUUUUAAUCUCUAUUCAAUUUUCUCUAGAUAACUAUUAAAUACAAGUUUUCUAAAAUUUCAUUCACUUCCUUACUUCUUUCUUAUUUAUUUUUUAGUAAGUUUACCUAAUUCUGAUAGGAGAAGCUUGAGAUUCCCCCACAUUUAUAGUUUUAUUGCCUAUUUCCUCCUUAAGAUUCUUUAGUUUCUCUUUUUAAAAUCUGGAUGCUAUGCCAUUUGGUACAUAUAUGUUAAGUACUAUUAUUACUUCAUUUUGACAAUUAUUUUUUAAAGAAGGAAGGAGAUCUAUGAUGCUUUCUCCUAGGGAUGAUUCCCUUCUCUCUCUUACUCUUUCUCUUCUCUCUUAUUCCACUAUCCCACUUUCUUCAUACCCUAAAAAUGGAAUUUGAAAUAUAAGCCAGAAAAAACUCCACAAGUAGUUUGAAGAGCCCUAGAUAUAUUGCUAAAAGGAAGCUGAUGCUAUUAGGUCUGUAUCUAGUUCUAUUGAUCUGAGAAAUUAGAGCUUUUGUUCAUUUAUCCUCAGUUAAGAAUUGAUUUAAGGUCAACUACUUUACUCAUUUCCCUCUUUUGUUAGACCCAUGACUCAUAGGAUCAUAAAUUUAGAUAUGAGAGGAACCUUAAAAACCAUCCAAUUGUAUUGGCUUAAAGUCACACAGCUGCUAAGUAGCAGAGCCAAGACUCAGAAUUUCAAAACUUCAGAUAUUUUCUGGACGUGAAUCUAGUGCUCCUUUGCCUAUAUCAAUCUGGUAUCUGAUUCACCUAUGUGGCUUACUAUCCUGGUGCCAUCCAACAAUGACAGUACUGGAGCCCUAAGAGAAGUGCCCCUCUGGUCAGCAUCUAUAAUCUCACCAGCACCCUGGCACUCCCAUUGAUAAAAACAUAGAUCCUUGAAGUAAUAAAGUAAGUGGAGAGAGAGCUGAGAUCUUGAAGAAGGAUUGGCAUUCACCUUGAGGAGUCCUAGCAUAAGAAGCAACUGAAGAAACUCUUCUUGGUCCUUGCCUGACACAAAAGACCAUGGCCAAGCGAGUUGCAAUUAUUGGAGCUGGUGUGAGUGGACUCGCCUCCAUCAAAUGCUGCUUGGAAGAGGGGCUGGAGCCCACCUGCUUUGAAAGGAGUGAUGACAUUGGAGGAUUAUGGCAAUUUACAGAACAUGUAGAAGAGGGCAGGGCUAGCCUUUAUAAAUCUGUGGUCACUAACAGCAGCAAAGAAAUGUCCUGUUACUCAGACUUUCCUUUCCCAGAGGAUUAUCCAAAUUUUGUGCCACAUGACCAAUUUUUGGAAUAUCUCAAGAUGUACGCAAACAAGUUCAACCUUCUGAAAUGCAUCCAAUUCAAGACUGUUGUCUGCAGUGUGAAAAAAGGUCCAGAUUUCUCUACAUCUGGCCAGUGGGAGGUAACCACUGAACAUAAAGGGAAGCAAGAAUCGGCUAUAUUUGAUGCUGUCAUGGUCUGCACUGGUUAUCUCACUAUCCCAUUUUUGCCACUAGACUCUUUUCCAGGUAUCAAAACCUUUAAAGGUAAGUUCUUACAUAGCAGAGAGUACAAGCAUCCAGACCUGUUCAAGGAUAAGAGAGUCCUUGUGGUUGGCAUGGGCAACUCUGGAACAGACAUUGCUGUGGAGGCCAGUCAUGUGGCUAAAAAGGUUUUUCUCAGCACCACUGGAGGUGCAUGGUUGAUAUAUCGAGUUUUUGACCAGGGGUAUCCUUGGGACAUGGUGUUCACUACUCGAUUUCAAAAUGCAUUAAGAAAUUGCCUCCCAACUCCAGUUUUAAAUUGGCUGAUUGGCAAAAAAGUGAAUAGCUGGUUCAAUCAUGCAAACUAUGGUUUGUUUCCAGAUAACAGGACUUUCUUAAGAGAACCUAUAUUGAAUGAUGAGCUCCCAGGACGCAUAAUUACUGGGAAGGUAUUGAUUAAACCCAGUGUGGAGGCAGUGAAGGAAAACUCUGUUUUGUUUAAGAAUACUCCAAAAGAAGAGCCAGUUGAUAUAAUUGUCUUUGCCACAGGAUAUACUUUUGAUUUUCCUUUCCUUGAUGAAUCUAUAGUGAAAAUUGAAAAUAAUCAGGCUUCUCUAUAUAAGUACAUAUUCCCUGUACAUCUGGAAAAACUAACGUUGGCUGUCAUUGGCCUCAUCAAGCCUUUGGGAUCUUUAGUCUGCACAUCAGAAGUACAAGCCAGAUGGGUCACACGUGUCCUAAAGGGCAUAAAUAAGUUACCACCACCAGAGGUCAUGAGAAAAGAUGUUAACACAGUAAAAUCAAAUAGAGGCACUGGGUUUGGCUUCUACUUCAAAAUGGUUUUGCAAACAGACUGUGUCAAAUACGUAGAUGAGCUAUUGUCCUUCAUCAAUGCAAAACCCAAUGUCUUGUCUCUGCUCCUGGUGGACCCACUCCUGGCUUUUAAGGUUUUCUUUGGCCCACUUACCUCAUACCAAUACCGUCUGACUGGCCCAGGAAAAUGGGAUGGAGCCAGGAACGCCAUUAUGACCCAGUGGGACCGGACAUUCAAGCCAAUGAAAACUCGAGUUGUGCAAGAGCUUCCACAUCCCUUUUUCACCCUACUCAAAGUCUUGGGGUUUUUGGUUCUCCUUGUAGCUGUAUUUCUUAAAUUCUAUUAGUUGAAGCCCUUGACUUCUUAGAAUACAUUGGGUAGCAUAGUAAUCUAGAUUCUCCAUCAGAGCAGAGCCUUAAUUCCUUUGAAUCUUGGGAUAACUAACUCAAGCCUUUAUCCUGUCUGGAAUCCACAUGCAUUCUAAAAACUCUAUAAGAACCCUAACUGGCUAAUAGUCUCUAGUAUCCAUUUCUCACAACUGUGUCCUUCUCCAGUUCUAUACAGAUGAUCUCCAUAUUCUACCUACCUGUUAUGAGGAAAGUUUUCUGCAAACUUAAAAGUACUAUAUAAAUGUGAGCUAUGAUUACAGAAAUUGUAUUUAUCUUUAUUAUCUGCAAUUAAUGUCAGUGUAAUAUUUUUUCCUAUUCUGAUUUUUUCUGAUCAGUUUUUCUGAAUUUUGGUAGUCUAAAAGAAGAUACCAAUCUGAGUACCUACUCUUCCUUCUCCUUGCAGGCAUCUUGUUAAUUCAAUUUGUAUACCAUAAGCAGCCAAGUUUUACAAAUACUGUCUAUGUAGAGAUUAUAUGCUAUGCUCUCUAUUAAAGGAUCAUUAAAAAAGCAA